AUGCCACGCCGUGGAAGAUCUGCUUCUCCUCCACCUUCUAGGUCAGUUCCUAUGAGGGCUGCACCAGCUGCACGCCCUCCAGCUCCUCCACCAGCUCCAGCUCCAGCACAGCCACCAAUGGUUGCUCCAGAACAGCCGAGUAUGUUUAAACAAAUGGCGGCUACAGCUGGUGGUGUUGCCGUUGGUUCAGCUAUUGGUCAUACCGUUGGUCAUGGUCUUACGAGCAUGUUUUCUGGUGGCGGUAGUGCACCAAGUGAAGUAGCACAACCCUCCGUUGCUGCUGCUCCAGCUAUGCAACAGCAAGGUCACGCUCAGGGAGCUGCUGAGCCGACUGGCCCUUGUGCCUGGGAAAUCAAACAAUUCCUGAAAUGUGCUGCUGACAAUGAUGAUAUAUCAUUAUGUACUGGCUUUAAUGAGGCUAUCAGGCAGUGCAAGGAAGCCAACCGUUAGUU